AUGAAAAAACGAGACGCUGGUACUGCACCUAAGCUUGGUGACAGAGUUCCAUAUGUUUUAUGUAGUGCUGCAAAAAAUACUCCUGCAUAUAUGAAGGCAGAAGAUCCCAUAUAUGUUUUAGAAAAUAGUGUGCCCAUUGAUUUUAAUUAUUAUUUAGAAAAUCAAUUAUCUAAACCCUUACUCAGAAUUUUUGAACCAAUACUAGGUGAAAAAGCUGAAUCUUUACUACUUAAAGGUGAACAUACAAGGACAAAGGCAAUGGUCACAUCUAAAGUUGGUGCACUGGCAGCAUUUACUAAAAAAAAGGAAAAAUGUAUUGGUUGUAAAACCGUUAUGCCUAAUGAUACUAAAAAGGCCUUAUGUGAUCACUGUUUAAAAAAUGAAGGGCAGCUGUAUAUCACUGAAGUAUUUAAGUUAAGGCAACUGCAAGAGAGAUUCUCAAGGCUUUGGACAGAAUGUCAACGAUGUCAAGGAAGUCUUCAUGAAGAAGUACUGUGCACAAAUAGAGACUGCACUAUAUUUUACAUGAGAAAAAAAGUCGGAAUGGAACUUGAUACCCAAGAAAAAACAGUCCUCAGAUUUGGUGAACCUAUUUGGUAA